AUGUCUGAAUCUCUCCGCGUUCUCCUAGUCGGCAACGGCGGCCGCGAACACGCCAUCGCCUGGAAACUCCUCCAAUCGCCCUCGAUCGAGCACAUCUACGUCUGCCCCGGUAACGGCGGCACCGCAACCCUCUCCGACAAAGUCACCAACGUAACCACCGUAAAAGACAGCGACUUCGCCGGCCUCGUCACCUUCUCCAAAGAAAAAAACAUCAACCUCUUAAUACCCGGCCCCGAAGCCCCCCUCGUCGCCGGCAUCGUCGACUACUUCCGCGACAAUGGCCUCCGCAGCAUCAAAGCCUUCGGACCCAGCGCAGCCGCCGCGCGCAUGGAAGGCAGCAAGACCUUCAGCAAAGACUUCAUGAAGCGCCACAACAUCCCGACCGCCGCCUACGAGAACUUCAGCAAAUACGACGACGCAAAAGCGUAUCUCGACUCCAUCUCCCACAACGUCGUAAUCAAAGCCUCGGGCCUCGCAGCAGGCAAAGGCGUCAUCAUCCCACAAACCAAAGAAGAAGCCCACGCCGCGCUCAAAGACAUAAUGCUCACCCGCGAAUUCGGCACCGCAGGCGAUGAAGUCGUAAUCGAAGAGUUCCUCGAAGGCGACGAGUUAUCCAUCCUAACCUUCAGCGACGGCCGCACAAUCAAAUCCCUCCCGCCCGCACAAGACCACAAGCGCAUCUACGAUAACGACCAAGGCCCCAACACCGGCGGCAUGGGCACAUAUGCGCCCACACUUAUCGCACCGAAAGACGUGCUCUCGCGCGUCGACAGAGAGAUCCUGCAACCCACCGUCGACGGCAUGCGCGCCGAGGGCUACGAGUUCAAAGGCGUGCUCUUCACGGGGCUGAUGAUGACGAAGAACGGGGCGAAGGUGCUGGAAUACAACGUCAGGUUUGGAGACCCAGAGACGCAGAGUCUGUUGGCGCUUAUGGAGGGGGAUUUAGCGGAGGUUAUGGCGGCGUGUGCGGAGGGACGGUUGGAGGGUGUUGACGUCAAGGUGUCAAGUAAGAGUGCGGCGACGGUUGUUGUAGCCGCAGGCGGUUACCCAGGGAGCUAUGCGAAGGGCACGGUUAUGAGGUUGGAUGAUGUUCCUGAGGAUGUCGUCCUCUUCCACGCCGGGACCUCUUUCUCGGAUAGCACGCUCAAGACCGCCGGUGGUCGUGUCAUCGCUUCGACGGCUACAGCGCUCACACUAGAGGAAGCUGUUGCGAAGGCUUACAAGGGCGUCGAGUGCAUACAUUUCGAGGGCAUGCAGUAUCGCAAGGAUAUCGCUGGACGGGCGCUGAAGAAGUGA